AUGGCUACCAAUACCCUGGACAACUCCUUGAACAGGAACGGGCUGAACAACGACCGCGGUACCACCGCCCCCCAUGACGCGUUUAUUCGUUUACGCUGGUCUAUCUUCGAGGAUGUAUCCACUAUCCUCGUCCUUGAUGAUCCCAGAUCUCAAAAUCCUUCCUUCUCGCCUUUUGUGGGUCACGCAAUCGCAGCAGAACCAGCCUCCCAGAUCCCUCUUACCGAGAUUGCAAUCACCAACUCGUAUAUAGACUGGUAUGACCAUUACGACUACGAGUCACCGGAGCCCUUGCUUGUUAGCAGAGCGGACGGUGGUACCGUUACCGUUGCAGAUGUUGUUGAGGAGCUCUCGGCCUACUUCACGAGUCACAGGGAGGACAUAUUUAUGGUCUUGGAACUCUACUUGAAAAAGAGGCCAUGCCGCUUCGUAGUGGACGGCAAUGUCGAAUAUGACCCUACCAUCCUCGCAAGUGGCGAGGAAAUCUCCCCUGACACGAAAGUCCUUUUCAACGGAUUUUUUUGGUAUCGUAGAGCCCGACGUGGAGCUUGGAGUAGAAUUGUGUGCUGA